AUGAACCAGGGUCCUGGCUUAUAUUUUGAUAUUGGAAAGAAGGCUAGAGAUGUUCUUCACGAGGACUAUUGUCAACAACCACCAAUUCACUUCAACUACAGAUUCAUGAAGUGGAAUCUAGAUCUCUCCUGUGAAGAAGAACUUGUGCAUGGACUAAAGGGCCUUUUCUCAUGUAACAUACCAGACUCUGGGAAGGUGGAACUUCAACACUUGAGUAGAUUCAGUGGGUUCAGUGCAAGCAUUGGAUUACUGGGAGACGCUGAAAAAGGAUAUAGCCCUGUAGCAAACCUCUCUGGUCUUAUUGGAACCAGAAUUCUCACCCUGGGAGCUAAUCUUGCCUAUGACAUAUCAGCAACAAGGACAACUAACAAUCUGAAUGCUGGGUUGAGCCUGAACAGUCCCUACCUUGUUGCUUCCGUGACCUUGCAUGACUAUUUUCAAACUUUGAAAGGUUGCUGUUAUUUUGAAGUGAACCCCCUGACCAAGACUGCAAUAGCAGCAGAGGUGAAGUAUGACCUUGCAGAUGAUGAGACUACUGGUGUAACGGUUGGUGCUCAACAUGCAUUAUUUCCUUGGACAUUGCUAAAGGCUCGACUAAACAAUAAUGGCAGGGUAGGCGCUCUUAUUCAACAGAAUUUUGGAAGGAAAUUUUCCAUAACAGUGGCAGGAGAGGUCAAUUUGAAUGAGAAAGAUAAAGAAAAGUUUCCUAAGGUUGGAGUCUCCAUGUCUAUGAAAUAA